GAAGAGUAGAAAUGGACGGCGAUCUUCAGUUCCUACCUCCGAAACGACCAAUUGUUGGACUGAAUGAAAUGCUCGAACCCAGCGCUGCUACUUUCUCCGGCGCCUCCAAUGGUGCUCUCACUUCCAAGCGCACCAACCAUCCCCUUACAUCGCAUACUGUACCUGCUGGUCACGUCGUCUUUCGACUCAUCUGCAACACUUCUCGAAUUGGAGGACUCAUCGGAAAAUCCGGUUGCAUCGUUAAGAAGCUCCAGCAAGAUACCGCCUCUAAAAUUAUAGUCGAGGACCCGGUAUCUGAAACCGACGAACAAGUUAUAGUUGUCAUCGCUUCAAGUUCAGUCAACAGGACACUUUUUAUCAAUUCGGCAAGGGGAGGAGAUAUCGGGGGGUUUCAUCUUGACCUUUCCGCAGCACAGGAGGCCGUUGUUAGGGUUUUUGAGAGAAUUCUGGACGUUGCGGCGGAUAUGGAUGGUUUCUUGGUUGCUUCAAGAAGUUUGGUUUCAUUUAGGUUGCUAGCAGAGACUAGUCAUGCUAGUUCGGUGAUUGGGAAAGGAGGAAAGAUAGUUACGAAGAUUAGACAGUCCACAGGUUGUAGGAUUAAUGUGUUGAGUCAUGACAAUUCACCUCCUUGCGCUUUGCCCUUUGAAGAGACUAUUGAGAUUGAAGGUGAAAUUGUAGGAGUUAAGAGAGCACUUAUUGCUGUUUGCUCUCAACUCCAAGACUGCCAAACUAAAGAUAUACAAAAAGUUAGUAACAACAUGCCUCCCCAAGCAAGCCGUCCCAAUAUCUUAGCUGAAGAAUGGUUGGAUGUUCCUCCAAAGUGGACUUCGUUGCAAUCACUUAACCUAGACGUCAGUCAUGUCACUAAUGCCUUGGCGAGUUGUGCUUUGUCAGAAGAGACUGACAACCUGGACUCUAGAGCGCAACACCAUGAGCUAGUCUUUGGACUGCUUUGCUACAGUUACAGAGUAGGGUCUGUGAUUGGAAAAGGAGGAUCUAUUCAUAAGGCUCUUCAGGAUGAAACAGGCGCGUCCAUUGCUGUUGGGCCUUCUGUUGAUAACUGUGAUGAACGUCUAAUUACUAUUACUGCAAUGGAGAGCCCAUUGACAGAUUAUUCUCCAGCACAAAAUGCUGUACUUCUUGUUUUCAGUAGAUGUACAGAAGUUGUGUGGGAGAAAGGGUCACAAGUAUCUGCACGGCUUGUUGUUCGAAGGAAUAAUGUUGGUUGUUUGAUGGGGAAAGGAGGUUCAAUAGUUUCAGAUAUCAGGAGGCUAACCGGUGCUGGCAUACAUAUAUUAAGGGCAGACCAAAUGCCCAACUGUGUAUCAGAAAGUGAUCAAGUAGUACAGAUUACAGGUAAACUUGAUCAGGUGCAAGAUACCUUGCGUGAAAUUACUUAUAGACUGCGAAACCAUCUGUUCCAAAAUAAUAAUAAUAUUAUAGAUGAUGGUGCUGGAAUUAGAAGCUGUUCUCAUUUCAUCAAUGAGAUGAAUCAUCCUGAUGAAAGACCACUGUAUCCUUCAUCUCUUGGUUCAAGUAGGCAUGUUCCCUCAACAUACAUUGUGAAUGAAAAUCAGUUUCCAUUCAGUUCGGGUUUUGAUUCAUUCCCACCAGAGAUUGUUGCUGAAAUAAACUCAAGGUACAUGACGGGAAUUGACAGAGGUGUUAAUGAUCUUGAGAGUAGGUCUCACAUGGCGAGGAAUACUACUGUGGAUUUUUUAGUUCCAGAGAAUAGUAUUGGCUCCGUCUGUGGAGAGAAUGGUAGCAAUCUGACCCGUAUUAGACAGAUAUCAGGAGCGAGAGUUCUGGUGUGUGAACCUUACCAUGGAAUAACUGAAAGAGCUAUCUUAAUAUCCGGGACUGAAGAUGAAAUCCAAACAGCUCAAAGCCUAUUACAUGCCUUUCUUCUAAAUGAAAAAUGAAUGAUGCUGCUGCUGUUGUUAUGUUUAUAUGCAAAAACAUCAUCAACAAUCAAAAACUUUAAUAUACUCAGGUGUAAGAAGUUUAGACAAAGAAAAAAGGAUCACAUUUUCGAUUUUCAAGACUCAGCCUCCGUUGAAAAAAUUUCAAUCAAGUCUCUUUGAACUGAUUCUUUUUAUCAGAA